CACCCCUAACGUGAACCACUAAAGGACGGCAAAGGACACGGCCAAAGCCGAAAUAUUUGGAUAUCUAAAAUAACGAAUAGAAUGCCAAGCAUUCGGAAUUUGGCUCUAAAAUAAGCUGGCGCAAUCAAAAAUCGCCCAAUUCAUUUAGUGACUUUUGUUUCGAGUGAAAGUUGCCGUGAAAGUGUCGCAGUCAACACAAUCCAAUCCACAAAAUGUUCAGGAGCAAAAAUGAGGGGAACAUUGUGUACAAAUGCACUGUGCGACUCCUCGAUGACUCCGAUGUCCUAGAGUGUGAAUUUCAGCCCUUCCAUAAGGGAAUAUACCUAUUGGAGUACUUGUGCGGUGAGUUGGAGAUCAAGGAGAAGGAUUACUUCGGUUUGCGAUAUGUUGACUCCUCCAAACAGAGGCACUGGCUCGACCUGUCCAAAUCAAUUAUUAAGCAAUGCAAAGAAAUGGAUCCACUAUUGUUUUCGCUGAGAGUAAAGUUCUACCCUGCGGAUCCAUUUCGACUGACCGGAAAUGCACGGAUUAUGCUCUAUCAGCAGUUAAAGAGGGACCUUCGACAUGGUCGCUUGUACUGCUCCUUGGGCGAGGCGGCUGCACUGGGCGCUCUAAUAGUUCAAGAGGAGCUGGGCGACUAUAACGAAGACGUGCAUGUGGGCAGUUACGUAUCUUCCAUAGAAUUAGCACUGCGGCAGACGGAGUGUCUGGAGAAGAAGAUAAUCGAGCUGCAUAAGAAGCGAGAGCCCGGACAGAAUCUCUCCCUGGCCAUGGAUGAGUUCCUGGGCAUAGCUCGCGGCCUGGAGACCUACGGCAUAGAUCCGCAUCCGGUCAAGGAUCACCGCGGAUCGCAGCAGUACGUCGGCAUAAAUAAUACGGGCAUUAGCACAUUUGUGGCCGGCAAAAGAUCUCAACAUUUUCGCUGGAACGAAAUACACAAAAUCAAUUUCGAGGGCAAAAUGUUUAUAGCGCAUCUCAGCUAUACGGACGCUAGUCGUGAACCAAAAAAACAUACUGUUGGCUUCAAGUGUCCAACUGGCGCAGCUUGUCGAUACUUGUGGCGAUGUGCCAUUGAACAAAUGCUGUUCUUUACAUUACCCAAUAGCCAAAGUGCAGCUGUGAUUUCGGGCGGAGGCUUCUUCUCCUGGGGCACCAAAUUCCGAUACACCGGAAGAACUGAGCGUGAAAUUUUGACUGAAAACAUAAAUGCGUUGCGGGAACAAAAGAAUAACUCGAACUCGAGCAAGCGAAAGGCGAGCAGUGUGCCAGCCACGCCGUCCAGUCCACAAGGGGAUUUAGCACAAAUAAGAUAUAGCAGCUUGCCGAGAUCCACGAUGUCGGAGCCUUUGGGCUACGGCAUGCCAAAUGGCCAUUUCUAUGGGCACGACCAUGGGAUGAGCGAUGCAAAUGGGGGCAUCCAAAUCUCCAGCCUGGAGCCAGUCUGCGAGGAGGCACGCCUGCGAUCGUCGAACAUAGAUGGGGUCAACUAUUUGGCCAGCCAGAUCGGUGGCUAUGCCUAUCGGGACUCCGUCGAGCAUUCUUCCACUGAGAGCGGCCUGACCGUAAAUGGUUACGAUCAUCCGAGGAAACACAAUGAGGCCAGACAGCACGGCUCCUACUCGCCCAAUCUGUACUACGGACAAUCGGAUGGCGCCGUGAACUCCAGUUCGCCAGCCGAUAGCUUCCUGCACGCGGAUCCAUCCACGCGAAAGGUUAAGAAGUUCCGCAAAUUCCACCUACUGCACGCCUUCGUUCCGUCCGUGAUUUUUGUUGCUUUCGCGAUGGCCGGAACGGCUGUGUUCAUCAUGGAAUCCGAAUCGGAGGCCUUCGAGCAGCUGCGCAACUCACCCGAAAUGCUUUGUCUGCGCUAUCAGUACUAUCAGCCACUGAAGGAGUUCGUUCUGGAGAAGUUGGGUCGAAGUGGGAAGUAGGAGCUUCUACCUAUGGAAGAUCCACCUAACUAACUAUGGUCCCAGUUACUCCAGCUGCAUCGGGUAUUUUAAUAGUGUACUUAAGGCAAUUCUUUAAUAUUUAUGCUAUAAUGAUUCCAUAUUAAAACCAAAGCCUGAAAUUUAAUUUUAACAUU